AUGCGUUACUUCUUGCUUAGACCGGAGACCCUGUUUUUGCUGUGCAUCAGCCUGGCCCUGUGGAGUUAUUUCUUCCACACGGAUGAGGUGAAAACCAUUGUUAAGUCCAGCAGGGAUGCGGUGAAGAUGGUGAAGGGCAAGGUGGCCGAGAUCAUGCAGAAUGACAGGCUCGGGGGGCUAGACGUGCUGGACGCAGAGUUCUCCAAGACCUGGGAGUUCAAGAGCCACAACGUGGCUGUCUACUCCAUCCAAGGCCGGAGGGAUCACAUGGAGGACAGGUUUGAAGUAAUCACUGACCUGGUGAACAAGACUCACCCCUCCAUCUUCGGGAUAUUUGAUGGGCACGGAGGAGAGUCGGCAGCAGAAUAUGUGAAGUCCCGCCUGCCUGAAGUCCUAAAGCAACAUCUUCAAGACUAUGAGAAGGACAAGGAGAACAGCGUGCUGUCUUACCAAACCAUCCUGGAACAGCAGAUUUUAUCAAUUGAUCGAGAAAUGCUGGAAAAAUUGACUGUAUCCUAUGAUGAAGCAGGUACAACCUGUUUGAUCGCACUGUUGUCAGAUAAGGAACUGACAGUGGCCAACGUUGGUGAUUCGCGAGGAGUCUUGUGUGACAAGGAUGGGAAUGCUAUCCCCUUGUCACACGAUCACAAGCCCUACCAACUGAAAGAGAGGAAGAGGAUUAAAAGAGCUGGUGGUUUUAUCAGCUUUAAUGGCUCCUGGCGCGUCCAGGGGAUCCUGGCCAUGUCCCGCUCAUUAGGAGAUUACCCUCUGAAGAACCUGAACGUUGUCAUUCCCGACCCCGAUAUUCUUACCUUUGACCUGGACAAACUGCAGCCAGAGUUCAUGAUCUUGGCGUCGGAUGGCCUGUGGGAUGCUUUCAGCAACGAGGAAGCCGUCCGAUUCAUCAAGGAACGCUUGGAUGAACCACACUUCGGUGCAAAGAGUAUAGUUCUACAGUCCUUUUACAGAGGAUGUCCUGAUAAUAUAACAGUGAUGGUGGUGAAGUUCAGGAAUAGCAGCAAAACAGAAGAACAGUAAUUACCAGCCUCACUCGGAACUUAAAAGAAACUCUUACAUUUUAAACAUAGUAGAAAGCUCUAGUAAAUACC